UUUGCCCAAAUUUUGUGUAUAGAUUAACAGAAGAGGGAACUUUUUUUCUUCAUGAGUUGCAGUAUCCACAAACCCCAUGAGCUCCAAUCAAAUCUCACCACCUAUAACUUCUGUUUCUCACUCUGUAUAUCUGAGAAUUUUAAGGAGCCUGGGACAUCUUGCUUUUGAGCUACAGUAUCAUUGUUGUUGUCUUCCAUGACACAGUAGCUCCAAAACACUUUACCUUACUUUCUUUCCUCUCUUUUAUUUUGCUUGCUCGGUUAUCAAGUAAAGGGAGAGAAAUAAUAGAUCUUUGCAGCUCUCGUGAUUCAUUUCCUUGGAAUUCAGAGUUUUCCCCAAUUGGGUUUUGUUCCAUUUCAGGAUUCUGGUUUUAAUCCAGCUUCUUUUGCUUUCCCAAUUGGGAUUUCAAAGAGGCUGAGCUGCAGAGCAACAGCUAUCCUUUACUGAGUUUCCUUUCUUGGGUUUUUGUUUCUCUGACAGGUUUCUGUUUCAGUUCUUCAAAUCAUUUCAGGGCCUUGGUGUUCUGUUUUGUGUUCCUUAAAAGAGUCAUUGGGUUCAGAUCUCAGUUGUGCACACAGGGUUUUAAUUUGGGUUUAAAGAGUAUUUAUUUUCAGGUUUUAAUUUUAAUUUUUUUUUUUGGAGUUAAUAACUUCUUUUUUGAAUUUUAGGAAAGGUUGGUCUUUUCUAGAUUCCUUGGGAGUAUGCCUACACUAUGGAAAAAGAAGAAGCUAUUCUGAUUCCUUUAAAUGCUUGUUGAUUUCACAUUGAUAUUUUUAUGGUGAAAUCUCUACCUUCUCUGCAUUUCCUUCUCUGGUUUCUUUCUCCUCUUCAAUUCUUCCAAGAUCAUCUCUAGAAUGACCAGAAAACAAUGAAUUUGUUCAGAUUAGCAAGUAUACACCACUAAAUUCUUAGUUCCUCUUUUUGAUUGGAUAUUCAAAAUGAAGUGGGAAAUGGAAGUUGCUAAUUGGUUAGUUGAGGAGAGCAAGAACACAAGAUGGACUGCAGCGGAGAACAAGAUAUUUGAGAAUGCUCUGGCAGUGCACGAUACGGACACACCCGAUCGGUGGCACAAAGUGGCAGCCAUGAUUCCUGGGAAGACAGCCGAGGAUGUUCUGAAGCAGUAUAGAGAAUUGGUAGCUGAUGUGAGCAAUAUUGAGGCAGGGCUUAUUCCAAUUCCUGGAUAUAGUACCAGUACGUCUCCAUUUACAUUGGAGUGGGUUAGCAAUCAUGGCUAUGAUGGGUUUGGGCAGCAACCUUAUGGACUUACGGGAAAGAGAUCUUCAUCGAUUCGACCUCCUGAUCAGGAGAGAAAGAAAGGAGUUCCAUGGACAGAGGAGGAGCAUAAACUUUUUCUGAUGGGGUUGAAGAAGUAUGGAAAAGGGGAUUGGAGAAACAUAUCACGCAAUUUCGUCAUAACCAGAACGCCAACUCAAGUGGCUAGUCAUGCCCAGAAGUACUUUAUCAGGCAGGUUUCAGGAGGCAAAGAUAAGAGAAGAGCCAGCAUUCAUGACAUAACAACUGUCAAUCUCAACGAAAUUAGAACUCCUUCGCCAGACAGUAAGGGACCUUCGCCGGAGCAAGAAGCUGCACUAGUUUUUCACCAAGCCAAUUCUGAUUCCAUGCGACGAACACAUUGUCAGUGGAAUCAUCAGCAAAGCAAAGGGGCAAUAUCAUCUAAUUCAGUGCAAGAAAACAUGUUCAUGGCGUCUUCUUUUGGAAUCAAUUCACAUGGCCUUAAAAUGCAGGGCCAAGAACUGCAUAGAAGUUCUGUUCGCGAAUCUUCCCACAUUGGAGCUCAAAAUCUUGUUUUCCAGAUGCAAGCCUCGCAGCGGUAUCCUUACGGAUGAAACUCUCCGGCACCUAAUACUCCAUUGUGUCCUUUACUAUUCAGAUGUAGUUGUGUUUUUUUCUUUUCUUUUUCCCCUGGUCCAGUGUGAAUAUGUUGUCAAGAACUUGGUCUAGUCCAUAGUAUUCCAAACUUGGGGUGUGGUGAGAGAGAGAGAGUCAAUGUUUUGCUCGGAAUUGCAAGUCUGGAUUACGAAACUCAGAGUGAGAAGAUUCUGAAACUUGGGUUCUCUUUGCAUCUUAGAUUCUUGAAGCUUUUGUGGUUUACGAAGCCUCAUCACCAACGGUUGAAAACAGUAGGAUAGAGAUGCAUUUUCUGUGCCUUUUGGAGUUGUAGUAAAUGGGUUUGAAGCAAAAAGAGUAAAGUACUGUUUGAUACCUUAAGCAAAUUCUUCCAGGAUAAGAGAAGAAGAGAGAGAUGCACCAAUAAGCAGACAUAUGGAAUUCAACUGCAGUAGAAUAUGAUGAAACAAUGGCAUAAGCAUCUUCAAUUUCCAAGUUGAAAGCUUAGCAUGUUUCAGGCAUAUCUCAGUCAUUGAUGCCAAAGAAAAGAGUCAUGAGUCGUAUGAGCAUAAUGUAAGACUUAUUGAACAUAUCCAUCUUUGUUAUGGAUAUUCAACCCUUCA